AUGUCAAGUGUACAAGAACAAGAGUUACCAGAACCAGACCAUUACAACGAUGUUAUGAGUGCUGAUGAUGAAGAUGAUGAUGUUGAGAUGCUAGAUUCUGUGAAUGAGGAUCCAACUGUUGGUUGUGCACCUGCACAAGUUGCACGUGGAAAGAAAAAUAGACUUAGAUCCGAAGUUUGGGAAUUUUUUAAACUCGUUAAGUAUAAGGAUGGUACAACGAAGGGGGUGUGCAAGGCUUGUAAUGUAGGAUAUAAAUAUGAAAGCCAAAGAGGUGAAACCUCAGCCAUGAAAAGGCAUAAGUGCAUUAAACGUCAGUCUAUGGACGUAGGGCAGAUGAUAUUAGCUUCACAAAAUAGCCAGCUGUCUACCCGUGUACGCAAGGUUGAUCAAAUGAAAUUACGGGAUUUGUUCUCAUCUUUACUCAUUGCAAGAAAUGUUCCAUUUGCUUUGGUGGAGUGGAAGGAGUUUAGGGAUAUAUGUAGGAUAUGUCUAACAUCAGACAUGUGGACAUCUGUAACAACUACUGGAUAUAUAAGCUUAACUGCGCACUAUCUUGAUAAAGAUUGGGUAUUGCAAAAGAAGCUUCUGAAUUUCUCUCCACUUCCACCACCUCAUACAGCUCUUAUUGUAAAAGAAGGACUUACGAAGAUUGAUCCAGCCGUGCUUAAGAUUCGAGCGUCAGUGAAGUCCCUUAAAAAGUCCCAAGUAAGAAAACAAAAGUUCUUGGACAUUGUUGAAACUUUAGGAAUGUCUGGUCUGAAAAAGGGUAUUCGGCAAGAUGUAAAGACAAGGUGGAAUUCAACUUAUCUUAUGUUAGACAGUUGUAUCUUGUAUAAGCCAGUUUUCUCUCAUUUGAAGUUGGUGGAUUCAGACUAUGAAGACUGUCCAACUAAUGAAGAAUGGGAACAAAUUGAAGUAGUCACAAAGUUUCUCAAGAUGCAAGCAAAAUUUGAUAGUUACUGGAAGGAGUUGAGUCCUAUAUUGGCUAUGGCAGUUGUGUUAGAUCCUAGAUCGAAAAUGAAUUUUGUGAAAUUUACUUACUCCAAGUUGUAUCCUGAUGAGAGAGAAUUAGAAUGUCAAGUUAAUAAAGUGCGUAGUAAUAUAAAAGCACUUUUUAAUGAGUAUUACACCUUGUCAAGUUCAAGAGCUUCCAACAGUUGUGCAGCUCAAAAUUUGAGUGUUCAAAAUGGUGGGAAUUUUGCUGCCCAAGAAGGGAGUGAUUUUCUUCAGGAAUAUGUUGCAACACAGGAACGUGGUGGUAAUGUAUUAACUGACUUGUCAGAGUUAGAUGAAUAUCUUGGCGAGACGUACAGAGGUUGUCUAAAUUCACUAGACAUCCUAAACUAUUGGAAGAACCAUGAACAACAAUAUCCAGUACUUUCAAGAAUGGCAGGGGAUAUUUUGUCAAUUCAUAUUUCAACCGUCGCAUCGGAGUCUGCAUUUAGCAUUGGAGGAAGGGUGAUUGAUCGAUUUCGCAGUUCCUUAUUACCUGAAAAUGCUGAGGCGUUAAUAACAACUCGUGAUUGGGAAUAUGGAAUUGGAAAAGAAGAUAUGGAUGAGGACAAUGUGAUCGUUGAAGAAGAUAUAUUAGGAUUUGAACCUGACGCAGUGGAGGAUGUGGCAGUAUAG